AUGUAUCUUUGGUUGUGGCUUGUGCUCCACCUUUGCCUAUCGCAUGCUGAUCCGCCUGAUCCCGGUUUGGAAACAUUUCUAAAGGAUGCCAAUCAGCAACUCGCUGUUAUCUAUGACCAGGCUGUCCUGGCUCAGUUGCUGCACGAGUUGCGUGGCCCCAAUGAUCUAGUGGCUCUAUUAGAGAUUGAGGUCACCGACAAUAAGCUUGUUAAGUAUGUCAGGACCUUAUCGACUCGAAAGGCCAAGUUCCGUCGCCUGGGCCUGGGUGAUGACCACCAGCGCAGGCAGCUGGCAAAGCUUCCCCUGUUGGGUUAUGAGGCUCUUCCUGACCGUGACUUGAGGCGAGUCUAUGAACUGGCCUCCAACAUGAGCGACAACUACCGCAAUGUCAAGAUGUGCGCCUACAAACAGCCGGAUAAUUGCACUCUAAGACUCAUACCAGAAGUUCAGUCGGUUGUUCAGGGGAGCCGAGAUCUGGACGAGAUCGAAUAUUACUGGUUUGAGUGGCGACGUCGCACGGGAUUGGCCACCAGGCACCAAUUUGUGGCCUUCAUGGACUUGUACAAAAAGGCUGCCAAACUGAAUGGAUAUCCCCGGGCCGAGGACUACUGGUUUCGAUCUCUGGAGUUGGGUGCCCAAGAGGCCAUGACCCUGCUGGAUAGAAUUAUGCACGGCCUGCGACCUUUGUUUCUCCAGUUUCACGCCCAUGUUCGGGGUUCCCUGAGGAAGAUGCACGGCGAGGGAUUAGUUCCACGGAGUAGACCCUUUCCGCAGCAUCUGGCAGAGGUCUUCAUUGGAAAUGCCUUUCGACGUGUCCAGGCCGAAUGGUAUGUGGAUCUGCCAGCGCCACAGCUUGGACUCUCGAAUAUCACCCAGGGGCUCCAUCGUCGCGGAUUGACCACAACCCAAAGGGUGUUUUGGAAUGUGGCAGAGUUCUUCAGGGGUGUUGGUCUGCCACUGUUGGAGAAUUCACUGUGGGAAUAUGCUCAACCAGUGUCCACCGAUGACGAUGAUCAUUGCUGGCACAAGGCCUGGCGGUACUAUGCUUUGCCCAGAACAAAUUUCACCUAUUGUCCCCUCAACGAUGAGGAACGAUUCUUCAAUAUGUACGAGGCCCAGUCGGAUUUGCAUUUCUACCGUGCUGCCUCCGCACAGCCGACGGUGUUGCGGGAGGAACCAUUUCCCAACUUCAGCGACGCCGUUGGCAAGUGCUUCUCCCUGGCGGCCAGUUCGCCACGUUACCUCCACAAGGUGGGAUUGCUGAGGGAUGGUCAGUGGAAAGGGUUGCCCGCUCGGUUGAAUCGCUUGUAUAUCCAGGGCUUGAGGGUUGUAUUCCUGCUGCCUGUCUUCUAUGUCCUCGAUCGAUACCGCGUGGAAGUGCUGAGCGGACAUAUCAAGGCGGACGACAAUGAGGCCUACUGGAGAUUUACGGAGCACUAUACGGGUUCAGCGGCUCCUUCUAGAAGGAGCAACGAACAGUUUGAUGUGCCGGCCAAGCUGCUUAUGGAGGUAGACGAUCAGUAUGCCAGCCAAUUUUUGAGCAUCGUUCUACAGUUUCAACUAUUCAAUCAUUUUUGUACGAAAACCGGGCAGUUUGAAAAGGGGAAUCCCAAAAAACCCUUGGAUUUGUGCGAUCUGUCCGAUCAGCGUGGCAUAGGGGAGGAUCUCCAAAAGGCCAUGGCCUUGGGAUCUUCUGUCCACUACAGAAAGGUCUUGCAAGAGUUGGUAGGAGAACCAGAAAUCAGUAUUGAUGGCUUGCUGAACUACUUUCAACCUCUACACGAUUGGCUGCAAGGGGAAAACGAGAAGAACAACCUGGAAGUGGGUUGGAAAUAA